AUGCUUAUGCUUUAACGAACAAUAGAUAUGUGGAAGAAAGAAAAUACCUACUUUGAAUAGCCAGAUGUGGUUUUCACUAAUAAGCUAUUACUUGAAGUUUUGGACUAAAAUGGUCACUCUAAGAUGUUUUCAACUUUAAAGUCGAUUAAUCAACUAUCAACUAAUGAAAUUGGUGUGCCUCUAAUUAAAUAUUCAAAAUUUGAUAGCAAUAAGAAUGGACUUAUUGACAGUAUGAACAUUAGAAUUGAAUUCAGGUCAAAUCCUUAAGAGAUAAGAAACAUUAAAUUACUGUCUUCAUUCGACUACUCAUUAUCUAAAUUAUUGAAAGUGGAGAUGAUUGGACUAGCUUAUCUUGAUAUUGAUACUCCAAAUGGUGCCUCUGGUGUCAUCGUCAAUGGACAACUCAAUCUUGACUAAUCAGCUCCAGUCCUUAUCGAUUCAGUAAAAAGAACUCUCUACAAUACAGAUCCACUCGAUGACUAUUCAGUUUAUACAGUUCCAGACCUUAUUGAAUUCUACUAAGAUAGAAAAGGUAAUUUUUAGUACCCUUUAUUCUUUGAUAUUUUAGAGAGAACUGUCUACAACUAUAAUUAUAUUGUUUAGCCUUACGGUUAGAUGUUUAAAACUACUUUGGAUGUUACUAUUAAGAUUCCUUUUAGUUAGGAGGUAAUAUACAUUCCAGGAAUCCUUGAAACACUCAAAUAUGCAUGGAUCUAGUACCUUUCAUUUUUCCUACCAGCGUUACUUGUGUAUUUCUAAUUUGUGAAGUUCAUGUUCAAGUACAAAAUCGUAGAGACAACUAUAGUAAGCGAUUUACAUAAGAAAAAGUAUAUGUGA